AUGGAGAACACCAAUGUCGCUCUCGAGAGCGUUGCUGUUCACACAGAGUAUCCGUGGGUCAAACUGCCGCAUCCAUUUUUGACCACCUACCGAAUCCAUGUGAUCUCGGACAGCGCACCUGCUCGGCUCGCGUUGAGACUUCACGAUCAACCACAAGCCGGGACGCCGCCAACAAAACACUUGCACAACGAGUCUCUGAGCUGGCUUGAUCUUCAUUCCAAGCCUGAAGGCGAUGUCCCUGCCGAGUCGGACAACAGCGCUUGGGCACGAGCGUGCCGAAGUCCGCAGACUGUUCUGCGUUGGCAAGAGAAGGAAAUGCCCUCCCUGGCGGAGGUCUGGAAUUUGAUCCAUGCAAUAUUCCUCACUCAUCCAACGCGAGAAUACUUCACACUACUCUGCGACAAUGCUGAGCACGAGGUCCUGUGGAACGAGCUGCUAGCCACAGGCCUCGCAGUCAAGCAUCCCAAGCCAUGGCACCUCAAGAACAAGAUUAACAAUUUUGCGGAAGCUGAAGAACUUUUGAUUCUGCGCAGCGCGUUUUGGCAAGGUGCAGCUUCUCCGUUUGGCUCACGCCCUAUCUGGGCCAUCGGCGAAGGAACAGACGAACACUUGCGAUUGGCACUCAGCCAGUACCCAGUCAUGCCAGAGGGGUACCAGAUGACAAUGAAAUUUCCAGAAGAAGCCGUGUAUACUCGCUAUCCUACACGCCGGCCAAAGCCUUGCCCUGGCUCCAUUGUGUAUAGUCGCUAUAUUCCAGAGAUCGACGAGCACUUCUCACUGGAAGCAGUCAACUACCAGGAGGACGAGCAUCUCCAACUCUUCAACAGCUGGCAGAAUGACCCCCGUGUUGCGAAAGGCUGGAAUGAGAACGGGACGCUUGAUCAGCAUCGGGAGUAUCUGAGCAAACUCCACCACGACCCUCAUGUGUUGUGCUUGUUUGGGCGCUUCAACGAGACCAGGUUCGCGUAUUUCGAGCUGUACUGGGCAAAGGAGGACCACUACGGCGCUCACUACGACACCCACCAUUACGAUCGCGGUCGACACUCUCUCGUUGGCGAUGCUUCAUUCCGUGGCGCGCACAGAGUCAACGCAUGGUACUCUUCCUGCAUCCACUACUGCUUCCUCGAUGACCCACGUACCGCAAAUAUUGUCGGCGAGCCCAGGGCAACAGGUUCGACAAUUUUGUCAUACGAGAACUCCCAAGGUCUCACGAUUGGGCAGUAUGUGGACCUUGGUCACAAGAGAUCGGUGCAUUCAGUCUGCAGCAGAGAGAAGUGGUUCCAGCUCUGUCCCCUGUUCUGGGAUGGACGGGAUAAGCCAUUGGAGUCGGCGGACAGAGCAGCGUGGAACGCCAAACUGUAG